AUAGCCUUGUACCAUGUGAUCUCUGUGAUCAUUCACAGAUUUCACACGUAGUAAGCAAUGAUGGCAGAAGUGACUUCUUGCUUACUACCAGGGAGGACUGACCAUUUGGAAACUCGGGCACUGCCCGAGGGCCCGGGGUCAGUAGGGGGCCCCAUGAAAUGCCCCUGGUACCUUUUUCAUAGGACACAGCGGGCACCGGAUCGCGGUGCUGCGCGCUCCCAGGGAGCACGCACAAUCAGGGGGCAGGGAGGCCGUUUAUAAACGACCACCCGCCCCUGCACUGCCACCUCCCGGC